CGAGUGUACACACAUCGGCGGACACAGCCGCUCCGUAUACCCGAUCGGACAGCAACCGUUUAGUCGUCGUUCGAUCGCGGUAUCGGGCACCUGCACGCGUCGAGUGUACUCGUCGAUUGACACGAGCCUGAUUUACCUCGCGUUUUCUUACGUUCUCCGCGUUUUCCAACGCGAUCCAUCGCGAUCGACGCGGGCCGACCGAUCCAAGGCGCGUUCCUCACGCUGUGAGCAGUCAUGGGAGUGCACGAGGUGGCGAUCGCGGCCUUGUCCGUUUUUAUCGGCGCCUACCUGCUCACGGGCAAUCGACGCCGCUUCAUUUACUUGCUCUGCAAGACUUUGCCGCGGGACGUGCUGGGCGCAUACAGGUUCGUUCGAGUGAACGUGCUGCUAUGGUGGUGGGAGUGGCGAAAAUUCACCGUGGCGAAGCUGUUCACGAGGCACGCCAUUGCUAAUCCCGACAAAAUUGCUUUUAUCUUCGAGGACAAGGAGUGGUCUUAUCGGGAGCUGGAGGAGUACAGCAAUAGACUGGGACGUUAUUUCGGUGGAAAAUCCUUGUCUCGGGAGGACAGCGUUGGCCUGAUAUUGGAAAGUCGACCCGAAUACGUAGGGAUCUGGCUGGGUCUCAGCAAAGCGGGUUUAGUUGGUGCGCUUCUGAACACGAACCUUCGACAGGAUGUGCUCGUGCACAGUAUCAAAGCUGCUAAUUGCAAGGCUGUUAUAUUCGGAUCGAAUUUUAAAGAGGCGAUUAGCGAAAUCAGGGAGAAAAUCCCGAAUGUGGGUUUGUAUCAGUGGUCCGAACUGCCCGACACUCAGCGCCUGGAAGGAGCGAUCGAUCUCAACUCGGAGAUCAACUGCAUUCCCAGAGACAAGCUGAUUUACAUCUACACAUCCGGCACCACCGGGAUGCCGAAGGCUGCAGUGAUCACGAAUUUAAGGUACAUGCUGAUGUCGUGUGGCGUGAACUCCAUGCUGAACCUUCGUCCAACCGAUCGCAUUUACAAUUCUUUGCCACUCUAUCACACGGCUGGGGGACUAAUUGGAGUAGGUCAAGCAUUGCUGCGAGGAAUCACGGUCGUGCUUCGCAGACGUUUCAGCGCCUCCAAGUUCUGGCCGGAUUGCGUCCAUUACGAAUGCACUGUAGCCCAGUACAUCGGCGAGAUCUGCCGAUAUUUGCUCACCGCCCCACCAGCUCCUUGCGACACCACGCACAAAGUGCGACUCAUGUUUGGCAACGGCCUGAGACCCCAAAUCUGGAAGCCCUUCGUCGAGAGGUUCGGCGUGAAGCAAAUCGGCGAAUUUUACGGCGCCACUGAGGGAAACUCGAAUCUUGUGAACAUCGAUAACAAGAUCGGAGCAGUGGGCUUUGUACCACUCUGCGCCGGUUCCUUGUACCCUGUGGCUUUAUUGAGAGUCGACGAGGAGACUGGGGAACCGAUGAGAGGAUCGGACGGCCUAUGCAUUCGCUGCAAACCUGGAGAGUCGGGUAUUUUCGUGGGCAAGAUUAACCCGAAGAGGGUACUGAACGAUUUCUGUGGAUACGCUGACAGGAAAGCGUCCGAGCAAAAGAUUCUUCGGGACGUAUUCAAAAAGGGCGAUCGAGUUUUCAAUUCCGGUGAUAUUUUGCUCAUGGACGAACUCGGGUACUUCUACUUCAAGGAUAGAACCGGUGACACGUUCAGGUGGCACGGUGAAAAUGUCGCCACUUCCGAGGUGGAGGCUGUGAUCAGCAAUGUGAUAGGUUUGAAGGACGCAGCUGUGUACGGAGUCGAGGUGCCUGGAGCCGAAGGGAAAGCCGGAAUGGCGGCCAUUUACGAUCCAGAGAACACUCUGAAUAUCAAAGAAAUGGCGGAAGGCUUGAAGAAGUCUCUGCCAUCGUACGCCAGACCUCUUUUCGUUCGAGUUUUAUCGGAACUACCGAUGACCGGAACGUUCAAGUUGAAGAAAAAGAAUCUUCAACAGGACGGAUUCGAUAUUAAAAAGAUCACGGACCCGAUUUAUUUCCUCGAUAACUCUGGCGUCUACGUGAAGCUGACAGAGCAGAUUUACGAUAAUAUUCACGAGGGGAAGGUUCGACUGUGAGCUGUACCCUUUAGAGAACAAAAAUGAAAGUAUAAAGAAUCUCGAUUUUGUAUAAUUUCUAUUUAUUGAUGAGAGAAAGAGUCUACUAGACAGAUUUAUCUUUUGUCUACACGAGUAUACGUAAGUUUCGCGAACGUCUCGUCGUGAAGUUAGCUAGAAGAGAUGCUACAUUUAUACGUAUUUUUACACCUAUUUUAUUCUACGAGCCUCGUCAUGGCCACUCAGUGAUUCGAGAUAGUAAAACUGUAAGAAAUAGCCUUAGUACGUAUAUUUAAAAGAAAAAAGAAAAAAAGGAAAAAAAAAGAACGUUCGUGGGAGUUCACGUGCCGAAAAUUACGAAUUGUUAAUUUUUAUUCGCAUAGGCGUAUUUUAUCUGUUAUAUAGGAUUCCUAGAGAGUAAGACUUUUAAGUUAUUUCAUAAGGAACCGGUGAAGGUAUCGAGCAUGAAGCUACUAUGACUCUGUAAAGUAACGCGUGUAAAAUGAAACGCCGUGUCAUAGUUUAAUAAAUUGUCCCCUUGUUGAGAAAAACCAAUUCGAGUUGGACUUUGUCCCCUGGAGGUGCCUUACUUUACGCCCACCCGGAGUAUUGUCUCUAAUAGAAGCAGAAAUCGUUGGUGCGCAGUCUCGGCUGGAGUACAGUGACCCUCAUGGUUAUCA